AUGUCAUUCAACAUCAAAAACUCCUUUGUCUCUCGUGCUGUGGUAGAGGACGAUCAAGAGAAGCAAUUGGAAUCAGAUGGCAAUCAGAAAGAAGUUGUCGUUCAAGAAGCCUAUGAUCCACGCACGCUGUAUGAGCGUUUGCAAGAACAGAAGACGCUAAAGGAGGAGGAAUUUGCAGAGAAAUCGCGUCUGUCCAACCAGAUCAAGCGUGUCGAUGAAGAGGAGGCAGAAUACUUUAGAACGCUAUCAGAUGAAAAGGAGAAGCUGGAACACCAGAGAAAGGUCAAGGAAACAUUGGAGUUGGAGGAGUACAGACAAGCUGUGGAAAGCGCCAGAUCAAAUCCAGCGGCUCAGAUCCCCAUCUUGGAGGCUACCACAGCCAUCCUCCCAUCCACAGCCAAAGCUGCCAGCAAGCCCAAAGCAACCACAGCAUCAGCACACAACAAUAAACGAAAUUCAUUAAAAGGAGCAUUGUUCAUCAAAAAGAAGCGUCAUGCGAGCGAUGAUGAAGAUGAGGAGGAAGAGAAACCAGCGGACAAGAAGCCCAAGACGCAAGACAAGAACCCGCUAUCCUUACUAUCAGCAUACGGCGAUGUCAGUAGUGAUAAUGAAAGCGAAUAA